AUGCUGAGCUCCUCUGCAGCUCAGAAGGGAAUGACCCCUCCGAGCCAAUCUUCCCAGCCUAGUCUGCCCCAGCAGUUGUCUGGCCGCACGAGCUUUGAUCGGGGUGAUUCGGGCCUGCAACCUCCCAAUGGCGCCAAUAACCGCAACCUGUCCGCCUCAGGCGUGUCUUUUGCGCCCAGGGGAAGUAGUCUCAAUGUUGCUCCCGGCAGCUUCAGCUCAGAGCUGCGCAGUCGGGCUGGGAGUAAAACCGAAGCGGGGUCGGUAUACCCAAGCAGCUUCAUGGACAAGGUGGAAGAAGAUGAUGCGGACACGCUAGCUGAACAAGCUCUAGCAAAUCUCAAGGAGAGGCUCAACCGUGAGAUGAAGAUUAAGGAGGGUAGCGAGAACAUGCUCGAGGCGCUGAACUCUAAGAAAGCGAAGCAGACCAAAGAGCAACGGCAGAAGGUUGAGGCAGAGCUCAACGCGAGCAGCCUGCGUAUCAAGGACCUACGCCAGAAGAUCUCCGAUACCCAACGCACACGACAAAUCCCACCCGACACACCAAAAAGAAACCGUACUCAGAGCAACACUAUCGAAUCCACCAGACCCAUCGGGCUACGCUCACCACAGAGCGUGUCGAGGUCAAUUGGAGAAUCUGACGCCGAGGAACCGACAGAAAGCCCGACUUUUGCCCUCGCUGAAUUGCUUCAAGCUCUGGAAGUGGAGGGAAUGACGCCCGAGUACUACGUCUCACGAGGAAACCAGUUGGUUGAUCUUUUCCAGCGAUAUCCUACUCUCAAAUAUGACUUGGUCUGGUCAGUCUUUGGACUCCGCAUGCAGGUAAUGCUACUGAGCGAAAGCCGCGAAGUUGUGGCUGCUGGCUAUCGAAUGACCAGAUAUGCAAUAUCCGACGUCGCAUCCCUCAAAAAGAUUCGUAGUCUGAACACAGAUUAUUUAGUAAUUCGAUCUCUGAACAACUAUCGCAAGGCGGAUGUUGAACGCGAGCAGGCACUCAAGUUCGUCCGCGCAUUCCUCGAUGUCAAAGGUGGAGUUAAAGAGGUCUCUCGUUCUGUUGUACGCACUAUUGUUGCAGUUGCAGAGCAUGGGGAGGAUCGACGCCCAAACGGCCAGCCGGUUGAAGGAGAAACAGACCGUCUAAGGCCUAUAUGCAUCGAGACACUGGCAGAGAUUAUAGUGCAAGAUCCAGCACUUUUGGUAUCAUCCGGUGGUCUAGGACCAUUGACUGAGGCGCUCUCGGAAGGUGUCUACAAAGCUCCCGAGAGCUUGGCCUCUGCGUUCCUAUAUUUGCUCGAUUCGCCUCAGACACGAAAGUACAUACAGCCAGGUUAUGGACUUGAGGUGCUUUUCACCGUUUUUACCGAUCAUCUCCUUACCAACGAAACUGUGAUGAAGCAAAACUGCAAAGCCAUUGCAACAGCUUUGAAGUCAUGGCCUGGGCUGAUGACCCUAUGCAUGUAUGAUCUACGAACGAUCCGCUCUUUCGUCACGAGCUUGCUGCUGCCUAGCGAUGCAGUUCGCGAGACUAUUCUUGAUCUUAUCUUCUCUCUUUUGCGCAUCAAGCCACCAGCCUGGGCGACAUCGUUUCUAGCCGGGAGAAGGUUGACGACAUACGGUAGAGUAGCGAAUCUAAGGUCUUCCCAAAAAGAAAAGAGCCAAUCGCAGUUCAUGGAGGAGGAUAGUGGCGAGCAGAACUUCGUCGAACACUACACUGCCCUGUUACUCGCUGUCUUUAUCCGAGCAGGUCUUCUGCCCAUUCUCCUAAAAAUCGCUCAAGGGGAUGAGAACCCAACGCUCCAGCGCAAAACAACUUUGUUGAUUAGCGAAGUGCUUAAGCUUGCUAGCCGUCUCUUGCCUCCAUCCUGGAGUGCCGAGCUUCACCUUUUGCCAGAGCUUUUCUCAUCGGCAGCUAAUGUCGGUAACAACGACCACUGGGUCGCGUCAGGGAUUGUUUACCAGAUUAGCAGUGUCAGUCGAACAUUGUAUCGAAGCACGCCGUCAGGAACGUUAUCGUCUGGUAACCACACAACUGAGCUGUCAGCAAUCGAUGAAGCACCAAAAUCCCACCAGUCUUUGGUUUUUGACGAUGCCACCUUCAGGCAACUCCUGAUUGACAGCAACGUACUCAACAGCUCCAACUACGCCAAGUGGAACUGGGAAACCAUAAAUAAGAUCAUUGACGGACCUUUGCAAAGCGGCAAGCGAUUAGAGGAAGCCAUCAAAGCGUCCAAGUUCAUGAAGAGAAUUGUCAGCUUCUAUCGACCGUUUAAGUAUAGGUUUGCGAGCGUCAAGAACACGAGAGGUACUCAAAAGUAUGUACGGGCUGGCUGCGCUCUGAUGCAUUCAUUGCUUCAAUCCCCCGAAGGCAUAAAAUUUUUGGCGGACAGCAAACUGCUCAGACAGAUAGCGGAAUGCCUAGCACAAUGCGAUCCGACUAGUGGGCUCACAGCACAAUAUCCAAUGUUCUCAAAAGACCAAGUCGCCGACACGUUGUGCGCCGGCUACUUCUCGAUGGUUGGUGUUUUGAGUGGGGACCCAAAGGGACUUCAAUUACUAGAACGGUGGAGGAUGUUCAACAUGAUAUACCACAUCAUGGACCUGAAGCAGAGGCCCGACCUCAUCAAGCUACUUCUUUCGAGCUUUGAUUACAGUGUCCAAGGUCAUCCUCGUGUCUUGGUCUCUAAAGCUUUGACGGCUGGUACGAAGGAAAUUCGAAUUCAUGCGACGAAUGCUCUUCGCAAGUACGCAAUCCGUCCAGUACCAUCGGCCAAUAGUCAGGGUGGUGUAGGCGAUUCCAAGUGGGCCAUCCAGUUGCUGGUUACACAGCUUUAUGACCCCGAGAUUGAAGUUUGUGCGACAGCUGUUAAAAUUCUAGAGCAGGCUUGUAACCGCAAGACCUAUCUAGAAUACAUCGUCGAAUGCAGGCCAGCUCUUGACCAUUUGGGCGAGAUUGGAGCGCCACUUCUCCUACGGUUCUUGUCGACUUCUAUUGGAUAUCACUACCUGGAUGGAUUGGACUACAUCAGCAACGAAAUGGACGAUUGGUUCUUAGGACGCAACGAUACCUACGUCAAGGUUAUUGAGGCAAGUCUUGCCAAGACGUUUCUAAUCGACGGGGACGAGCACAACCCCCGCAUGAGCUUAUUCAACGAUGGCGAGAUUGAUGGAGAGUACCAUGACAGCCACGUACCGCCGCACUUCUAUCGAGAGUUGACUCGCACUCAAGAAGGAUGCAGACUGCUAAGUGACAAGGGUCACUUUGAGGAUUUCGCUGCCACGAUACGCGACCACGGGAUGGAUACAGGUGAUGCAGAGAUGCUUACCAAGGUUAAAGGAUGUCUUUGGGCAGUCGGCAACGUCGGGUCGAUGGAACUUGGGGCACCUUUCUUGGAGUCCAACGACGUGGUGGAACAUAUCAUAAAAAUUGCCGAGCACCACGAAGUGAUGAGUUUACGUGGAACAGCAUUCUUCGUUCUCGGUUUGAUUUCCCGAUCAACCCACGGCCUGGAGAUUCUGUCCGAGAACGGUUGGGACGCCAACACGACACCUAUGGGCAGCUCUCUUGGUUUCUGUAUCCCCAACAACUUGUCCAAGCUACUAUCACUAACCCCGUGGAAACAAAAGGCAGUGACUUCAAUCACCCUACCACCAGGUCAGCGCACCGCCCAAGAGCCGCCGCCGCCUCGUGCUGCUAGGCCACCUCUCGAGCCAUCAGAACUACCUGCUUUACUGAGUGACGAGGAUGUGAACACAAGAGUUCUGGAACUUAUUGUGGACCUCGGAAACAUGGUUCUCUAUAAGAAGGCAGUUACGGAUCUUCAAAAGUUGCGAGCGCACAAGCCGACAGCUUUCCGAAGCACUAAAUUCUUCAAAGAGGUGAUGGCUGCAAUGGAAUGGAACCACUACCGGUUAGGAGUGAGGAGGAUGGUUAUAGACCUUUUCGACAAGAACGUUAUGCGCCAAAUCGUCUUUGAUGAGACUGAUGACGAAGAUGACGACGACGAUAGUAGCGACGAGAGCGGAGAAGAAAGCGGCGAAGGGGAGAACAGUUCGGGUGAUGAUAGAACCGAGAGACAGCGCAGCAUCAGCGAGCCGUUGGCACCGCCGCCAGAACUCACACCAGCCCCGCUCAGAGUGAGACGAUAG